AUGGUUUUGGAAGCGCAUACUCAAAUACAGUACUGUACAGCGAAAGCCAAUUACUGUGAGUUCCACGCGGGCUUGAGGCAUCUCAUGCGGUUGGCACGCUGGGCGGGAUUUUUUCCUGUUCAAGGCUUAUCGCAAGCCAAUCCUGAUGACGUCAGAUUCGAGUUCAGAUCACUGUACGCUUUAUACCACGCAAUAACUGUCAUCGGACAAACGGUGAUGACGUUUCUGGCGUUCUAUUCGUUUGUGGAUAGCAACGUGUCCUUGAGUGUAGUCUCGAAUUUCCUAUUUUAUUUUACUAAUUACGCAACGUUGGUGCUGCUGUGGCGUCUGUCCAAGAAUUGGUCAGCAUUGAUAUCAAAAACUUUGGAGUUCGAACAAAGCGUGACUGAAAUACGAACAACGAGAAAUCUAGUUUCGAGAACCAAUACCUUGACCUAUGUAGUGCUGAUUUUUGCGUUGAUCGAGCACGCAUUAUCCAAAGUGUUCAAUAUUAGGUCUGUCAUGUGUUGUUUGGGAGAAACCAGCUUUAAUCACACAGUAUUCAAUAAUUACUUCAAAUUCAAAUGGAAGUUUGUCUUCGAUUACUUUUCGACUUCGACUACUUACAGCUUCUUUGUGGGAUUUAUCGCUGAGUUCCUCUGUAUGCAAGCCACGUUCUUGUGGAGUUUCACAGACGUCUUGAUAAUGUGUUUCAGCAUUUAUUUAUCGUCCUUCUUCGAAGAUUUCAACAAUACCGUUAGUUCUUUCAAGAAAAAGGCGAGUAAAACAGUUCCAUGGAGUACUCUGAGAGUGCAGUACUCCCAAAUUGUUUUAAUAGUAAAGCAAAUGGACGAGCAGCUAGAUUAUUUUGUACUGAUUUCGUAUUUCACGAAUCUGUUUUUCAUUUGUUUCCAAUUAUACAACUCCUUGAACCGUAUUUAUGAUGCGAACGAUGUAUGCAAUGAAAACAUGGAUAUUAUAGCAACAGCUUCAUUCACGUAUUUGACGUACUAUGUUUUUUCGUUUUUAUUUCUCGUGACGCGCGCAUUAUUGUUAUCCAUCAUGGCAGCUAACGUACAUUCGUGUGCCCAAGUGCCGCAGUUAGCCUUGUACGAAGUGCCCACCGCUGAUUACAGUUUAGAUGUGCAGAGAUUUCAGUUGCAGCUUCGUUAUACAACAGUCGGUUUGAGUGGGGUAUGCUUUAAUGUGACCAGAGGAAUGAUUCUCAGGGUCAUCGGUACGAUCGUGACAUACGAAUUAGUGCUGAUUCAAUUAACAAAAAAAAAUCUCGACAACGACACUAGUAUUAGAGAUUAUUAUUUGCCGAAACAUCUUAUAUGA